AAACAGGAAAUAUAUAAGACAAAAAAGAAACAAAUGUUCUUCUUUCAUAAUUGUACAAUAAUACCGUCUAGUGUUCAGUAGUUGUACUUGCAAUAACGUUCGAUAUUUACUUCCGGUUUGUGUCUUUUGGUGGCUAGCCACCGCCAGCAACUCAUCUCAAAGCUGUAGUCGAUGUUCAACUACCGUGGUUAGCGCAGCAGCCUUGGAGGACAACGAUGAACAUUCUCCCCAAGAAGAGCUGGCACGUCCGUAACAAGGACAACGUCGCCCGCGUGAGGAGAGAUGAAGCUCAGGCAGCUGAGGAGGAACGUGAGGCCAAGCGGCGAGUGGAACGGGCAGAACAAGAGGCUCGUACAGAGUACCUGCGAAGAAAAGCAAGAGCAGCAAUCCAAGCAGGAGGAGGAGGACGCGGGGAUGACAAAGAUGCGGAACAGAGUGGCGCUUUGGAGCAUCUCAACCUUUUCCCUCUUGAGGACUCCAUGGAGAAGAAGGGCAACGAGGAGUAUCUCAAAGAGAAGAAAGAAGAGAAGGAGAAACAGGAGCGCGCCAUCGGCUUACUGGUGUCUCUCGGACCCCAGCCCGGGACCGAGGUGACUCCCUGGUACAUGAAAACGGGCCUGGAGAAGGAAGAAGAGAAGAAGGACAAGGAGAAAGAAAAGGAGAAGAAGAAAGAGAUAAGUGAGGAGGAGAGGGAGAGGAAAGAUCGCAGGCUGAAGGAUAGUUUGGACCCACUGAAAGACAUGAAGCAAGCUUUAGGUGAGACGGGCACGAAGGCGCACAAGAGCAAGAAAAAGGACAAGAAAGACAAAGGGGAGAAGAGGAGCAGUGGGGAAAGCUCCAUACAGAGACUUCGAACAGAGCGCUUGCAGAGGGAGGCUGAGGAGCGGCGGCGAGCCCAGUCCCUGCUGGCUCAGCGUAAUGGCAAGGACAAGGAGUCGGGCAGGGAGCUGAACGAGCGCGAGAGGCCGUACAACAGCGCCUACUUCCCAGAACUGGCUCGCAAGCGACAGAGGCGGGACAGGGACAGCUGGAGAGAUGAGAUUUUGAAAUCCUAAACUUUUUUUUUUUGUUAGUUGGUUAGUGUCAAAACCUGGUGCACAAUUUAUGGCUGAAACAUAGUUUUGUUUUGUUUUACCCUAAAGAGGAGGGUUCACCAGGCAGGAAGUUCGAGAGCAUCACUGAUGUUGCUACUUGUUAUUACCGUAAUUAGCAGUGCACCAUGCUGGGCCAGGUGACAUGUUCCAUUCCAAGGUCAUUCAACAAGAUGUCAGGUCUUUUAAAGAGAAGGAUCAAGACUGCAAGACAGUGCAACUUUUCUGGUUACUGGUUGGGCUACUGUUUAUGUUUAAUCUUUUGUGUGCAACGUCUUUUUGUGUACUAAAUAUCUCAUGUCACGACGUGGAAACAUGCGGCUUAUCGACAGGCUGUAUCUGUUUUUCUCUUUAAAUUUAGAGUUUGCUGUACCGUUGUGCUCUGUAGUCUGCAAAUUACGGUACUGUUUAAAAUUAAUUAGGGAUGCCAUCCAUCCAUCCAUUUUCAAGACCGCUUCUCCUCAUUAGAGUCGCGGGGGCAUGCUGGAGCCUAUCCCAGCUGACUUUGGGCGAGGAUUAGGGAUGCAUGAUAUACUGUAUAUUUUUUCAAGCCAAUACAGAUAGCUUCCUGCUUCUCGUGACUGAUACUGAUAACUUUUUAUCCCUAUAAUUAAGUAUAGUUUGUGUACACCUGCAGGUAAGAAUGACUCAAACUAACUUUAGAUGUGUCCAAAUAUUAGAACAUAUUUGAUCAAAUACUCUUACCUUCACCUUCUUCACAGAAGUACAGAUGACAUCUCAAGAAGCCUUUUCCUCGAUGGACAACUCCUGUACGACUGAGAGCCUACACAGACGCAAAUACUCUUAACAAAACAUUUUUAAAAAGCACAGACUCAGAAGUACAAACCGUGACCUGGAGUGGCCCGUUCUGACAAAGCUGGUGUUUCGGGAGACUGGUGGCGUUUUGGUGUGUUGAGGGUUGAUGGGUUAGUUUUCUGUCAUUGGAAAGUGUUUGGUGCAGCUGGCGCACCAGGUGCCUGGCAUCGUGGGGAAGUCCCACACGAUCCAUGCAGUGUUUGUUUACGGCAUGUCACACGGAGGAGAAAAGGAGCACUUCAUUGGCUCACGCGAACCCACCUACAGCACAGUUUGGGUAUUGUCGUGUAAACCCGCCUGUUCUUCACAUUCCCCUGCCAGGGCUUGAACACAGGACCUUCGUAAUGGGGAUCGAGAGCGCUAACCGCUUGGCCAAAAGACCGGACUGUCGCCCAAGCAUUCAGCGCAGCUCUUGAGGCUGAGGGAGUGAAGUUAUACCAACUCAUACUUGCACAGCCGCCCUGGCUGGCAUCCGUUACACUCGCCUCAUUGGAGUGUUUUUUAUUUUUUCUUAUUGAAGCUAUUUUUAAAGUUUAGGCUAUUUAGGAUAUUUGUUAAUAUUAUGAAAAAAUGUAUUAUUUUAAAAUUCAGUUCAAAACCUCUCCAAGCAACAAUAAUAAACAUAUUGUUAAUGUAAAAAAAAAAUAUUUUACAUUUUUAAUUGAAUUUCUGUAGAUUGUACCAAAUGUAGCACAAAGGUAUAAGGUGUCCCACUCAGUAGGGAAAGUACACUGCAUCAGCACAUCCUGUAUAGAAAGAGAUUUACAUUUACUGCUGAACAUUAGAAUGAAAUACAUUCCUGAUGAACGUUUUAAGAGCUGUUCAAAAAUGGCAAGAAUGUACAUUUUGUACUGAUGUAUCUUAAGGAGGUUCUACAGAGAGCUUCAAAAUGCAAAAAGAUGAAAUGAGAGUGCUACCAAAACAUUAUGAGAGAGAGCAAUUUAUUGCAAAGGAGCAUUCAAGUGAAAUAGGCUGUUCAUCAGCUGGUCAAAAGUUUAAGACUAGAGAUCAAAGAAAACCCUGAAAUCCCCCUAAAAUAGAAAUAAAAUGUAGAAAAAAGGAGUGAGUGAUGAGUCGCUAGUGAAAAUGUUGCUCCAGGUGGUGAAGAUGGCUUCACGGAGGGCAUCCACUGUCUGGAACUGAUGGCCAUUUUUGUAAAACCAUCCCCAAAUGUUCUCCAUUGGAUUUACAUAGAUGAGGGGAACACACAGGAUGGUCCAAAAGAGUGAGCUUAUUCCUCUGGAAGAAGUCCUUUGUGAAGUGUUGUCCUGUUAAAAAAGCCAGUCGUCACCACACAGACAAGGCCUUCAGUCAUGAGGGAUGGCCCCAGCAACAUGCAACAUCUCCACAUAGUCGGCUGCCGUUUCACGCCCCCUGCACGACCUGAAGCUCCAUUGCUCCAUUGAAGGACCAUGAUGGCGCCCCCUCCACUGUGCCGUGUGGAAAACAUCUCAGGUGGAAUCUCCUUUUUUUUCUCAUCAGAGAAUAAAGCUUUCUUCACCUUUCCCAUGUUUGGUGCUCUCCGGUGAAUUUCAAACAAGCAGUUUUGUGGUGUUGUGGGAGACGAGGCCUUUGAGGACUAAAAAAAAACAGUGUUAGUAACACUGAUUGUUUUCCAGUAUACUAUUUCAAAUGUUACAUUGUUACCAUUACCGGCAGUGAUGUGUCACGUUAUUAUAAACUGAUAUCUACUAUAUGUAUAUAUCAACAAUCUCAAUUCUUUUACAUAUUUGAAGGUUUUUCCAAAAAAGUAACUCAAUAAUUACUUUCCCUGGUAACUUAACGUAAAGUAAUUAGUAAGUUUAAUGAAUAACUUUUUUUUUUAAGUAAUUGCCCAACACAGGUCACAAACAUGCCAGCUAAAAUGUGAGGGGUGUACUCACUAUUAAUACUGUAUAUAAAUACUGUAUAUACAGUGGUGUGAAAAAUUGUUUUCCCCCUCCCUAAUGUCUUAUGUUUUUGCAUGUUUGUCACACUUACAUCAAACACAUGUAAAUAUUAGUCAGUGACAACACAACUGAACACAAAAUGCAGUUUUAAAAAAUGAAACUUUUUAUUUUUAAGGGAGAAAAAAAUCAAAACCUACAUGACCCUGUGUGAAAAAGUGAUUGCCCCCCCUGUUAAAACAUAACUGAGAUGAAUUGAGAUCUAUCAGUGUGGAAAAGGUUAUAAAGCCAUUUCUUAAGCUUUGGGACUCCAGCCAACCACAGUGAGAGCCAUUAUCCACAAAUGGCCAAAACAUGGAACAGUGGUGAACCUUCCCAGGAGUGGCCGGCCAACCAAAAUGACCCCAAGAGCGCAGUGACGACUCAGCCGAGAGGUCACAAAAGACCCCACAACAACAUCCAAAGAAGUGCAGGCCUCACUUGCCUCAGUUAAGGUCAGUGUUCAUGACUCCACCAUAAGAAAGACACUGGACAAAAACGGCCAGCAUGGCAGAGUUCCAAGACCAAAACCACUGCUGAACAAAAACAACAUUAAGGCUCAUCUCAGUUUUGCCAGAAAACAUCUUGAUGACCCCAAGACCUUUGGGAAAAUACUCUGUGGUCUGACGAGACAAAAGUUGAACUUUUUGGAAGGUGUGUGUCCCAUUACAUCUGGCGUAAAAGUAACACCACAUUUCAGAAAAAGAACAUCAUAGCAACAGUAAAAUAUGGUGGUGGUAGUGUGAUGGUCUUCAGGACCUGGAAGACUUGCUGUGAUGAAUGGAAGCAUGAAUUGUGCUGAAGGAGAAUGUCCGGCCAUCUGUUGGUGACCUCAAGCUGAAAGCAACUUGGGUUCUGCAGCAGGACAAUGAUCCAAAACACACCAGCAAGUCCACCUCUGAAUGGAUGAAGACUUUGGAGUGGUCUAGUCCAAGUCCUGACCUGAAUCCUAUUGAGAUGCUGUGGCAUGACCUUAACAAGGAAAAGCCUCCAAUGUGGCUGAAUGACAACAAUUGUGCAAAAUUCCUCCCCAGUGCUGUAAGAGACUCAUUGCAAGUUAUCACAAACGCUUGAUUGCAGUUGUUGCUGCUAAGGGGGCCCAACCACUUAUUAGCUUUAGGGGGCCAUCACUUUUUCACACAGGGACAUGUAGCUUUGGAGUUUUUUUGUCCCUUCAUAAAAACUUUCAUUUAAAAACUGCAUCAGGUGUUCAGUUGUGUUGUCAU